CUCGUCCGAUUUGGGGUUUCAGUUAAAAAAGCUAAAAAAUGGAGAUCUCAGAGAAGAAGGAAACAGAAAACAAUAAUAAUAAUAACCAUAAUAAUGCUCAAACGGCAUUGGAUUCAGGAUCAUCUGAUAAUAUCGAUAAAGAAGCCGAAGAACGCCAAGCACGUGACCUCAAAGCUGGUUUGCAUCCUCUUAAGCACAAGUUUGUAUUUUGGUACACUCGCCGAACACCAGGAAUUCGAACACAAACUUCAUAUGAGGAUAAUAUAAAGAAAAUUGUGGAGUUCAGUACAGUUGAAGGUUUUUGGGUCUGCUAUUGCCACUUGGCUCGAUCGUCUUCUUUGCCUAGUCCUACCGAUCUGCAUCUUUUCAAGGAGGGAAUCCGUCCUCUAUGGGAGGAUUCUGCAAACUCCAAUGGUGGCAAGUGGAUAAUACGAUUCAAAAAGGUUGUCUCAGGUCGCUUUUGGGAGGACUUGGUGCUUGCCUUAGUGGGUGACCAACUGGAUUACGGUGAUAACAUAUGUGGUGCAGUACUAAGCAUUCGUUUUAAUGAGGAUAUACUGAGUGUUUGGAAUCGUAAUGCAUCUGAUCAUCAGGCUGUGAUGGCUCUAAGAGAUUCGAUCAAAAGGCACUUGAAGCUUCCCCACAGCUAUGUUAUGGAAUACAAGCCCCACGAUGCUUCUUUGCGUGACAACUCAUCGUAUAGAAAUACAUUGUUGAGAGGGUAAAAGUAUCCUGGAUUAUGAAGCUGAAUGAGCAAUUGAAAUGCUGAGGGUCCUUUCCGGGUCCCUGCUUCACAUUUAUAUUUCAUUCCGUGAUCAAGCUACCAUUUCGUAUCUCAAGUUUUCAACUUAACAACCUGUGUGAUUCAAUUGAUAUCCUGUAGGUUUUAAUGAUACUGACUGAAACAAAAUGUUGGUUUUAAUGAAAUAACAGAUUUGGCUUUGGAUGUUA